AUGGCUGAUCCGACUCGGCUAGAAGUGAGUUAUCAAGCAAAUCGCGGUUUCCUACUGGGCAUUGGUACCAACCCUGAUCCCGAGCCUGAUCUAGACACAAUAGUUAUUUCAGGCAGCCAUUCUCAUCCCGGUUUUCACCACUCCCAUCAAGGCCAUAUGCAUUUUGAGGGAUUGGGCAAUCCGCAUUCCCUAAUAAGGCAUCAUUUGGAGGAUAUUCUAAAUACUACCCAUUCAGUGCCUCGUAUUGCAAAAGUGAGUUUUGUUAUUGACUUUUUUCAUAUUUUAUUUCAGAUUUAA